AUGGAUUCAAUGGCGCGGGAUGGAUCUGUUGACGAUGCUGAAAAGGAGAUCCUGGAGCUGGAGGCACGCCUCAAAGCUGCCAGGGGAAAGUUGAAUGAUCUCAAAGGAGAUACACAAGUACCCGUCGAAUCUCUACCGUCUCGAGGUCUCUCAUCAAAACCCUCAUACUCAGCCCUGCCCCUCGGCUCCUUCGCCUUCAGCAGCGGCCUCGAGUCCUACUUAGCCCACACCCGGCCCCGCUCCUCCUUCAACACCUUCCUCCCGGAAUCCAUCUCCGCCUACGCCUCGACGACUCUACCCUUCGUCCUAGCAGCGCACCGCUCGCCCUCCGACGUCGCGGACCUAGACGACCAACUCGACGCCGCAAUCAUCUGCACCGUCGGCCGCCGCGCCUCCAUCGCCCAGGGCCGCGCCUUACUCUCCAUCUGGGAACGCUCCUUCGCCUCCUCCCUCCCCGCCCCUGUUGUCGAGACUCUCCAGCCGUACGCGGCGCUUCUCAAGACGGCCACCUCGUCGCGGUCAGUGUCGUCGACUGCAGACGACCAGGCUGAACCCCCGCUCGUCUUCGCUCACCUGGCCCCCCUCUUUGGCGCAAUCUGUAACCUCGUGGGCCUCACCCUGCAGCAGACGGCCUACAUCUUCAUGAUGGGCCACGUUAAGGCCCUCAUCUCGGCCGCCGUGAGAGCCAGCAUGUUUGGACCGUACCAGGCGCAAAAGGUGCUCGCGAGCACACAGGUCCAGCAACUCAUCUCUGCCGCCAUUGAACGGGAGUGGGGCACGCCCGUCGAGAGGGCCGGGCAGACGAUGCCGGUCAUGGAUCUAUGGAUAGGCAGACACGAGGUUCUAUAUUCACGAAUAUUCAACAGUUGA